AAAAAAUUCACUUUUUACCAUCUUUCCAAAAUAGGCCAAUGUUUGAACACUAAAAAAAUAUAGUGAGCUUCAAAAUUGCUGUUUGGAACCCAUUAGAAAAUCAACUUAUAUAUCUAUACUAUUAUAUGAAGCCUCAUUUUGGUGUGAACACAAAAUUAAGUUGUGUAACUCAUUUUUAAAUUUAAAACAUGUUCAGGAAAAAAAAAAAAAAAAACUACAAUUUAUCUACACUGCAAUGUCUUGUAAUCAGGAAUCACCCUUUAACAACAAACUCACAAAGAAAGGCUAGAUUUGAAAUUUUUUUUAUUUUUUAUUUUUUACUUACCAAUUAGUAGGAGGAGAAUAAGGAAUGAGGAACUACAUAACACAAUGAUAAAACUUGAACCCAAAUAUCACAUCCAGUAAGAGAGUGCCUCAUCCAUUCAGGCCAAACCUUCAUCUUUGUUUAUUGGUUCUUCAAAUACAGGCAAUUGUUGAUUUUCAUAGAUGAGUGAUUUCAUUUUGGUGUCAUUUUUUAAGUGCUUUUCAAUAACUGGUCAUACACUCAAACUGUAUGAUAGAAUGUUUAAGUUAGUAACUUCACUAUAUUUGAGCUGUGUGGUCCCAGUGUUAUGCUCCAAUAAUUUAGUCACCUAGUGGCUUAUUAAAGAAGACCAGUUUUUCUUAUGGUGUGUUUGGUUGAGGGAUUUGAGGAGGGACUUGGAAAAGAAAAUGGAAAAGGUAGGUGAAAUGUGAAAAAAAUAUACCUACAUUUCACAUAAUUUCACACACCUUUUCCCUUUUCCUUUCUCUUUCCAAAUCUCUUCCCAAAUCCUCCAACCAAACACAGUAUUAAGGUACCUUCGAUUUUGUCUUACAUGUAAUGGGCUUGAUUUUGAUAUACAGACUUUCAUUUAUGCAAUAAUAUUGAUUAAACAAUAAUAUUUUGCCUUUGAAAGCAUAUCAUUUACUUGUUUACCCUAAAACUACCUCUGCAUUUGACAGUAAAUUAAACCAGAUCAAUAUGUAUGGUUGGAUCGGAUUCUGUGAUGGAAUGAUUUGAUUCCAGUUAGAGGUGGAGGGCACGGGAUCUCUGUUGUCUGGUUCCAAUAGGAUCAUAGAUUUUUGUAUGGUGUAAUGAUUGUGAGUGUAUGGAAAUAAAAAAUAAAGAAAUUUAGCGACACAGGAUCUUUCUCCAUGAGUGGAGUGGAGCUUGUAAAGCUCACAUAAGUGGAGGGUUGUGGCCCAUGAAAUUGUGGGCCCCACACCCCUCCCUCUAUUUAACAAAGUAUCAAGCGCGACCAUAGGAAAUGCACAUGAAAGCCAGACUGAGCUAGCAAAAGGAGUGACUUUGCUGAACUAUUAAUCAAUGGAAGACCGAGUCGCAUUGUGAAUUUCCUUCCUUUGGUUGUAAUCUUGCAUAUAGGAAACAUGAGGAGUGGUUAAAACUAAUGUAUUUUAAUUAGAAAAUCAUGGAUUCAAAUUGAAUCAUUUGACUACCCUUUUCCUUCUGGUCCACGAAAAAAAAUCAAAAUCAAAUGCAUAAACUUUACAGGAUCUCCAAGGUCAAAAUGGUUGGGAGCAGAACACAUGCAUUUUAACUUAAAUUGCUUUUGAAGGUUUGCAAGCUGGCCUGUCUUCCCCCAAGCCCAACUCUCCCUCCUGUAGACAAAUAGCUCUCUCUCUCUCUCUCUCUCUCUGGUUUUUUCAGCUAUGGCAAUGGGGGAUGAACACCAUCAAUCUCCAGCAAUUGCCAGGCUCUUCAAUUCCCAUUUACGAUUGAGCCGCGCCUUUCAUUUCCUGUUUUUCAUCAUUGGUUUGUCUCUCGGAGUUACAACCAGUCUAUACCUCAAAAGUUUCUCAUUCAAUCUACAAGCCAGCCUAACAUCUCCUAUCUCCCUAUCUCCACCACCACCACCACCAUCACCACCACCACCACCACAUGCGACUCUCCCCCUAACAGAGAAACGCUUUCUCAUCCACAACAUGGCCGACGAAGAGUUGUUCUGGCGAGCAUCAAUGGUUCCAAGGAUUCAGGAAUUCCCAUACAAGCGUGUUGCCAAAGUCGCCUUCAUGUUCUUGACGAAGGGGCCUCUACCACUUGGUCCCUUGUGGGAGAAGUUUUUCAAAGGGCAUGAAGGACUCUACUCCAUUUAUGUCCACACUGAUCCCUUGUACAAUCAAUUAGUGCCUGAAAAUUCUGUUUUUCAUAGAAGAAGAAUUCCUAGCAAGCCAGUGCAAUGGGGGAAACCAACGAUGAUCGAUGCUGAAAGACGCCUUCUAGCGAAUGCCCUGCUAGAUUUCUCCAACGAGAGAUUCAUUUUACUAUCGGAUACUUGCAUUCCUCUGUUCAACUUCACCACAACAUACAAUUACCUCGUCAACUCAAACCAAACCUUUGUUGCCUCCUACGAUGAUCCAAGGAAGAUAGGCCGUGGCAGAUAUAACCACCAAAUGUGGCCUACAAUUUCCAUCUCCCAAUGGCGUAAAGGGUCCCAAUGGUUUGAAGUCGAUCGCAGGCUUGCCAUUGAGAUAGUAUCUGAUCGAAAGUACUACCCGUUGUUUCAAGAGCAUUGCCAUCCUCCUUGCUACACAGACGAGCACUAUAUCCCGACUUUAGCGAACAUUCUCUCUCCGGAGCUGAACUCAAACCGGACCGUUACGUGGGUUGAUUGGUCAAGGAUGGGUCCACACCCUGGGAGAUUUUUCAGGGAGGCUAUUUCGGUUGAGUUUUUGGAUCAAAUAAGGUUUGGUACUAACUGUACUUACAAUGGCGACUCCACUCCAAUGUGUUUUCUGUUUGCUAGGAAAUUUUUUCCCAACACUGUACACCCUUUGCUGCAGCUCUCUUCAAUGUAACUGUCUGCUUGUGUUCAUCCAUAGCAUUCAUGUACCCGCCCUUAUUUUCUUUCAGUUGUGUUUGAAUCAUAAAUUUGAAGAGUUGUGUUUGGAUCAUAGGAGUUAAUCACAGAAGGAUAAGAAAAGAGAGGGAAAGGUCAAAAAUAGCAAAAAUUAACUUAUAUUUCAUUUAGUUUCUCUUCACUUUUUUCUCUCUUUUUGCCAAAUUCUUUUCCGAAUCCAUGAUCCACUCACACAACUUUCGUGAAACAAAAUAUGUAUGGAAUUUCAUAUUAUCAAUGUGGGUGUUUGAGAAGUAAAUUUUUUUGUAGGUUUUUUUAGUUGUACGAUAUUAUUGGAGAAUUUUUUUUUG